CGAUCAUCCGACAGGAACUAGCUGCUUCCGCUAGCACGGAAGCGGGUUGUGAGGUUGUAGCCGUAGUGUUGUUUUGCACAUGUGACUGAAUUGGGUGGUGGAAACAAAUUGUUUAUAUUUUGAAGUGUUGUGGUGCAGACUGUGUUGCUGCGUGUAAAGUGGACAUAGUUUAAGAGGCACAAUAACGUCCCACCCGGUGUAUCUGAUAGCUGGAGGGAAAAGAACAAAUUCGAUAGCAUGAUGCGGUGGAAAUGUCAGGCGCUGUUUCUGGUCUCGCUAUGCGCCUGCGCUUAUGCAAUCGACGAUGCUCCGCUCAAAGAACGGCAACGGACGGCGAAGCUUAUACGCAACUACCCUGACUACGGACCCAUCACACAGCGCGUUCAGACGUUAGACAGUCCCAUGUACAACUUUAUCGAUCCUUAUGGUCCCGGCACGUAUGCAUUCGGGUACGAGAUCGAGGAUCCACAGACCGGUAACGUACAGUUCCGCGACGAAGAGAAGCUGAAAAACGGCACCGUGCGUGGUUCGUACGGCUACAUGCAACCGGACGGCUCGGUAAUAAUCACUAGCUUCGUGGCGGAUGCAGGUGGCUACCGGGCGAAGACGGAGAUCAGGCGAGCGAACGGGCAAACGGUUGCCUCCUUCCCAGCGCCAGCACCUUCGUCGGCCCCCGGCUCCCAGGAUCGCUACUUUCCCGCGUACGAUCAGCAGGCGAGCACGAUCAAUCCGGCCAUUGCAGCGGCACUGCAGCAACAGCAGCACAUCAACCUGAACCCGACGUACAAUCCGAUCCUCGAUCCGGCCGUUAUCGAUCCUCAGUAUGCGGCCGCCAUUGUGGGACACAUACGCGAUCAGCAGUACAGCCCCGGCCAAGGUUUAGUACAGUACCCGUACGGUAUUCCUACUGCACCGUUUCCCAACCAUCCGCAGCACCAUCCACAGCACCAUCCACAGCACUUGCAGCAGGCCGCACCACCCCUGUACGAUGCACCACCGAACGUGUUCUCGAACUUUAUCGGCCAGCUGCCGGCCAACUUCAAUCCGUACAAUCUGUACCAAAACUUGCAGUCCUCCUUUCCGCAGGUACUACCCCAGCAGAACCCACUGGAUCAGCUAGCCAAUAGCAUUCAGGGUGGCUUCCAGCAGCAGCCACAGCAGGGACUGGGCAAUGGUUUCGGGAACUUCUUUGCCGGUGCCCAGAAUUCCUUCCAACAGUUUGUCCCACAAGGUGGGUUCGGCAGCUGGAUUGGACAGAACCGAGUACCGCUUGCCACAGGUCCAGGUCAGCAACAGUUUCCGGUGGGAGGAUAUGGAUACCACCAGCAGCAGCAGCAGCAACAAAUCGCUCACCAGCAGAUCCUUUCCUCGAACCGUCCAACGAACGUGCUGGGCGAUAUGCCAGUGAGCGGGCCCGGUACGAUGGGAUCGAUGCUGAUGAACGGUCAGUACGUGCCGACUACGAGACGCCGCAAGCUGACCGGUACGACGAAGAAACGCAACAAGCUCAAGACGCGCGACGGUAUGGAUUGGUUUGACGAUUUCCUGGAGAACCGCAAGCGGCAGGUAAUGUACAGUGCGGGCACGGCAACGACACCGGAAACGGUCACCGAGAUGACGUUGAGCGAAGGUCCCGAAAGCCGUUGAUACCGGUCGGGAUGCGAAAGGUUUGCUUUUAGUUAAGUAUUUAUUGACUAACUAUUUAUUGCAGUAAGAAACCAAAUCAAAAACCACUUCAUACUGUACAAGAUUGUGAGCGAAGGAGAAUGUUUUUAGUAUUUAUUUGCACUCUAAUCGAUAACUUACCUCAGGACAGCAUAAGAAAUGAAAGGACAAUUACAAACCGUCAACCAUUUUUUGUACUUUUGUCAACAUGAAUAAACAUUUAUUUUACUAGA